AGGGGCAGAGGGAGAGAAAGAGAGAGACACUCCCCACAGAGCAGGGAGCCAGACAUGGGGCUUGAUCUCAUGACCCUGAGAUCAUGACCUGAGCUGAAGGCAGAUGCUUAACCGACUGAGCCACCCAGGCGCCCCAACAAAUAUGCACUUUUAUCAGAGAUGAGAAAUUAAAGCCUGGAGAAAAUGAGAGGAAAUCGACUUCCGUUCUGUGUAUCUCCCAUUGUUAUUCCAAUCCCCGCCCUGUGCUCUACAUCCAGACCCAUUGUUUUCCUUUCUGUUACUGGUGGUCUUUCCUCUUCCAUCUGUCUCUCCUUCCCUUCUUCCCUUGCCUUCUUCUUUUCCUCAGACCUCCCAGAUACAGGGUGAAGAGAGAACAUAAACGAUGGUCAGGACUGGUGAACAGAGAAAUAGCGUGGGGUUUUCUUUUCAUCAAAGUUUUGAGUUGUCUUUGCACUUGAAAUAUGCACGUGAUAAAAAGGAGGUGCCAUUUCAAUUCAUAUUGUCUUGAAAACGCAAAGACUCUUCUAGUUUUUCUCCGUAAUGAAGACUUUGUUGGAUUGUGGGCUCUGUAAUUCUACUGGCUGUACAAAUACCUUGAAAGAGAAACAACUCCAAGUCAUGGAUCAAAAAUUCAAUUUGACGGGUAUUUACAAAAUGCCUAACAUGCCUAUGCAUUUUGUUUAUUCAUUAUAAUAACAAGAUAUAGUGAGUUUGUAUUCUGUGCCAGCACGGUACUCUGUUAAAAGUCCAAAAUUAAACACAACACAAGAUUCCUACCUUCAAGAAUUUACAGCAGAAUGGAGGAGCAAAUAUAAAAAGAUCAGUUGCAGUGUGACAGGAGAGCAUUCUAAAAGCACAAGGAACUGCGAUUUUGGAAAGAUGAUACAAACCAGUUAUCUCUUGCUUAAUGGAAUAGACAGGCUACAGGAAAUUUGGCAAUAAAACAAAGUUUAUAUAAAUUGAAACAUUUUCCUACAACUCCACUAUAAAAUUGGAAACAUUUUCCCACAGAAAAGCCUCCCAGAAUGCUGAACGCAAAACUUGGGAUCACAGAAAAUAUGAUAUUAUGUCUAUAUUUGGCCUGCUGAAAAUUGUAUUUUUGCAAGGUAAUCCCAGCUUUCAUUGGUAGCUCCCAUCCUGACACACACUGUUUUCUUCUUGGAGUGCUUUUCUAAGUCUGGGAUUGCCAAUGCCUUGGUACUUUCUUUCUUACCAGGUACUGCUCUGUCUUCACUCGCAGCCUCUGGACCUCUCCGUUUGCAUUCUUCCUUUCUGUUGAGAUAUUUAUGGCAGUUAAUAGAGUCAGACAAGAUGUAUUCCAGCCUGAUGUGCUUCUCAGGUUGCAGAUGUGUAAGAUGAGUGACUUCCUAUCUCCAUCUGUCUAGCUCAAGAAUUAACUUAGGGUGACGAAUGCCUGCUUCGGCCAUUCAUUUAAUAAAUAUUUAUUGACUGCCUACGGUGUACAAUCAAAACAUAGUUUCUGACCUCGUGAGCCUACCACGUCGCUUGGCAAGAUGCAUUGCAUACUUGUUUAUUUGUAAUGGCAGUAAGUGCUACAGAGGACACGUACAGCUUUCUACAGGUUUAGGGGACCUGAGUUUGUCUGAAAGAUGAAAAAAGAUGAGGAAGGGCUUCCCUGAGGAGGUGCUAUUUCAGCUGAGGUCUGAAGGAUAAGUAGGGAUUCCUCCAGGCAGAGGAAAGAGCAAAGGUUUGGGGGCAGGUAGAAACAUGGUGGUUUUGAGGAACUUAGAGGUCGGUGUGGCCAAAGCCAAGAGAGCCCAGGGCAGAGUGAAGCAGGAAGGAACGGGGUUAGGCUCCUAGGCUCUGGAAUCAGAUUUCCUAGUUGGAAUCCUUGGUCUCACAGCUGUGUCAGUCAUGAAUACCUUUGGCUCCAAGUAACAGAAAGCCUGCCUUAGCGAGGUUAAUAUAUAGAGCAUAACAUAUUGUCUCCACAAAACGGAAAGGGUGAAAAGAGGCAGUCUAGGGUUUUUGUGGGGCGCUGGGCUCUUUUCAUCUUCUGCUCUGCAUUCUGAGUUUGCUGCUUCACUGUCUCUGAGUCUCAAAGUGGUCCCAGGCACGAUGGCCCCACUGGAGGCAGGAGGAAGGGGAGAGAUGUGUAAUGCCAGGUUUUUCAUCAGAAAAGCUUAAAGCUCAGAAGUCAGCUGGUGAACUCCGGCCGCACGUCACUGAUCAGAACACAACCCAAACGCUCCAGGGUUCCUUGAAAAGAAAACAGGUGGUUAACCUGUCUCCUGCGAACAGCAAGAGGCCCAAUGGCUUUGUCGACAACUCAUUCCUUGAUAUCAAGAGAAUCCGUGUUGGGGAGAACCUCUCUGCGGGACAAGGGGGCCUCCAAGUCAAUAAUGGACAAAAUCAGAUGAUGUCAGGGACCUUGCCCAUGAGCCAAGCACCCCUGCGGAAGACAAACACUCUGCCACCCCACGCACAUCCUCCUGGAAAUGGUAUCUUUAACAUGGGCUUGAAGGAAGUGAAGAAGGAGCCCGGAGAGACUCUGUCUUGCAGUAAGCACAUGGACGGCCAGAUGAGCCAGGAGAGUGUGUUUUCCAGUAGGUUCGGCGAGGACCCUGUAGAGCAGCUGAUGGACCCAGAGCUGCAGGAACUGUUCAAUGAGCUGACCAACAUUUCCGUGCCUCCCAUGAGUGACCUGGAGCUGGAGAACAUGAUCAAUGCCACCAUCAAGCAGGAUGACCCAUUUAACAUCGACUUGGGUCAGCAGAGCCAGAGGAGCACUCCCAGGCCCUCCCUGCCCAUGGAGAAGCCAGUGAUCAAGAGUGAAUACUCCCCAGGCCUAACCCAGGGCCCCUCCGGCUCGCCUCAGUUGAGGCCCCCCUCUGCUGGCCCGGCAUUCUCCAUGGCCAACUCCGCCCUCUCCGCUUCCUCCCCAGUCCCUUCUGUCCCUCAGAGCCAGGCUCAGCCUCAGACAGCAUCGGGAGCAAGCAGGGCCCUGCCGAGCUGGCAGGAAGUCUCCCACGCCCAGCAGCUCAAACAGAUCGCAGCCAACAGGCAGCAGCAUGUUCGGAUGCAGCAGCACCAGCCUACCACCUGGCCGGCCUUGCCCUCCUCCACGGGGCCAUCGCCAGGCCCAUUCGGGCAGGAGAAAAUCCCCAGCCCGUCUUUCGGUCAGCAGCCAUUUAGCCCGCAGAGCUCGCCCAUGCCGGGGGUAGCGGGUGGCGGCAGCCAGUCGAAGGUGAUGGCUAACUACAUGUACAAGGCCAGCCCGGCAGCGCAGGGAGGGCACCUGGACGUGCUCAUGCAGCAGAAGCCUCAGGAUCUCAGUCGAAGUUUUAUGAACACCCCGCACACAGCCAUGGAGCCCCGUCAUGGCAACACUAAGCCUCUGUUCCAUUUUAACUCCGAUCAAGCAAGCCAGCAGAUGCCUUCUGUUUUGCCUUCCCAGAGUAAGCCUUCUCUCCUACACUACACCCAGCAGCAGCCCCAGCAGCCACAGCAGCCCCAGCAGCCCCAGCAGCCCCAGCAGACCCAGAGCUCCAUUUCAGCUCAACCACCACCACCGCCGCCACCGUCCCAGCCCGCCCAGCCCCUGUCAAGCCAGCCUUUGCUGAGGUCCCCCUUGCCGCUCCAGCAGAAGAUCCUCCUUCAGAAAAUGCAGAAUCAGCCCAUCACAGGCCUGGGGUAUCAAGUCUCCCAACAGCACCGACAGGAUCAACACUCUGUGGUAGGCCAGAACACAGGCCCCAGUCCAAGUCCCAACCCCUGCUCAAAUCCAAACAGCGGAAGUGGUUACAUGAACUCCCCGCAAUCACUGUUGAAUCAGCAAUUGAUGGGAAAGAAACAGACUCUACAGAGGCAGAUCCUGGAGCAGAAACAGCAGCUUCUCCUCCAGCAGCAGAUGCUGGUUGAUGCGGAGAAGAUUGCUCCGCAGGAUCAGAUAAAUAGACAUUUGACAAGGCCACCCCCAGAUUACAAAGACCAAAGAAGAAAUGCGAGCAGUAUGCAGCCAACUGCUGCUCAGUAUUCUGGUGGCUCAUCAACCGUGAGUUUAAACUCUAACCAGGCUUUGGCAAACCCAGUUUCAACACAUGCCAUUUUGACUUCGAAUUCCAGCCUCAUGUCUACUUCCCAUGGGACAAGAAUGCCAUCAUUACCCACAGGAGUUCAGAAUAUGGGGAUGUAUGGAAAUCUGCCUUGCAGUCAACCUGGCACGUACAGUGUCACUUCAGGAGUGAAUCAGCUAACCCAACAGAGAAACGCAAACCAAUUGAUAGCAAAUCAAAACAACCCUCUGAUGCCACGACCACCUACCUUAGGGGCAGGUAAUAAUAAUAACGUGGCCACUUUUGGAGCUGGACCUGUUAGCAAUUCACAGCAAUUAAGACCAAAUUUAACCCAUAGCAUGGCAAGCUUGCAAGCACAGAGAACGUCGAAUGUAAUGAUCACAUCCAGCACAACAGCACCAAACUGGGCCUCUCAAGAAGCAACAACCAAACAACAGGAAGCCUUGAAGUCCACGGCAGUCCGCUUCCCCACAGGUACACCUGCAGCCUAUACUCCAAACCAGUCACUGCAACAGGCAGUGGGCAGCCAGCAGUUUUCCCAGAGGCCAGUGGUUCCUCCUAACCAGUUAACACCAGCAGUGCAGAUGAGACCCAUGAACCAAUUAAGUCAAACAUUAAAUGGACAAACCAUGGGUCCACUCAGAAGUCUGAACCUCAGACCCAAUCAGCUAAGCACACAAAUUAUGCCUAAUCUGAACCAGUCAGGAACAGGGUUGAGUCAGUCAAGGACAGGCAUAAGCCAGCCACCAUCCCUGACAUCAGGCAGUUUCCCUUCACCCAACCAAAGUUCCAGGCCUUUUCAAGGAAAUGACCAUGGCAGUGACUUAGCUUUUGACUUUCUCAACCAACAAACUGAUAACAUGGGCCCUGCCCUCAACAGCGAUGCUGAUUUCAUUGAUUCUUUAUUGAAGACAGAGCCUGGUAAUGAUGACUGGAUGAAAGACAUCAAUCUUGAUGAAAUCUUGGGGAACAACUCCUAAAGGAGAAGAGGGAGAGAAUUAAUAAACUCCACGCACUAAAAGACAGUAUUUUACAAGGACUCUGUAAAGGCCAAACUCUUGACUUUUAGUUGGACUAAGUGAAGAUACCUUGGCUUAAACAUGGAAGCAGAAAGUAACUGCAGUGCUCGGUUCAAAUGCUUGUUUUAAAUCUCAAACCUGAAAGUAAAAUAUUGGGAUCACUUUUCCCUGUCUAAACUCCAGGACACAGUAUCCAGUUUGCCCAAACAGAACUGUGAUGUUGAUGUGUAAUUAGUUGUGUAAAAUAGGCUUCCCAAGCUCCUUUCCUCCCUGAAAGAAAAGUCAUAAAGCUUGUAGCUUGUUAAACCCCAUAUCAUACGGAGGUACUAGUUCCCAGCAACAAGCAACAAAUUCCUUCAUUUGCUCUAAUAGAUAGUAAGUGUGGUUUAAUCUUCCCACUCUUGUCUUUUCAUUUAAUUUUCCUAAAACUUCCAGGGUAGAUUGAAAUGUUAAUAGGUUUGUUUGGAGUAACCAAACAGUGCCCCAAGUAGAGGAAAGCCAGAGAAACUAGAGAACAUCCAGUGGAUUGUACAGUUUCUUCCCCAGAUUCACCUCUCACUUUGUCAGUUUUCCCACAUAUGCCAUACUUCCACAACAUGCCAUGUCUAGUGAUGAAACAAGAUCGCAGAGCUUUCCAACUUUAUUUGGGCUUCCGUAACCAAUUCUUGAGUCCAUUUCCAAGUCUUAGAUACAAUCACAGCUUGUCCUAAUCAUAUUGAAAUAUUAAUGCAUACCCGUCUGCAUCAGAUGUCACUAUUUCAAAAAGAAAACAUCCCAUUGGACAUGGCUACAAAGGAGAUUUAGCCACAAAUAACCUGAGGGUGUUGCUUAUUGUGAUGAUUGCUUGCUGGUUAGUUCCCAUGCUGAGUGAAAUUGAGCCUUGUCUUCCCUGCUUAUUUUGAUGACCAGAGACUGUUCUGUAAGAAAACGGAGAUAAGAAGGUAUCUUGUUUUGAUUGGAGAUAAAAAAGAGAUCAGGACAAGAAAUGGUGGGUAUGGUUGCGUACAAAUCUAUUUCACAGGGUUUGAAGGAAAGCAUAAUUGAAAGAGAAAACAAUCUGUCCUGAUUUGGGCAUAUUUGGGUAAACAGCUAAAGAGAAUGUGAUCUGUUCCAGUAGCAAUGUAUUCAUUCUUCGCUCCCUGAUGUGAUGUAUCUUCACCACAUGCUAGAUGGACCCUGCAUAUCCCGGUUUUCUCCCUCAGGGCUGAGCACUGUAUCAAAGAAAGAGUUUUUGUUGAGUCAUGUCACCUCAGCACCCACACACAGAUCAGCUGUAAAAUGGGGAGGAUGUGUGCUGAUUUGGAAUGGAUGCAAAAUAUCAUUUUUGUUUUCCUCAUUACAGAAGAACAGAGGUUAUCUUCAGCCUUUUUAGUUACACACCCACAUAUUCAAUUAUUAGAUGUAAUUUAACUGAACUUGUUUAAUAACUAUGUCUUUCAAUAUCUGUUCUAAAAAGAUCAUAUUUUGAAAGUUCUGCAAAGCCCUCUCUCAAUCUUUAAAAUGUCUAGAAGCACUCUCUUUCUUUUACACAAUACCAACGUCACUGGCCCAGAAUCUUUUCUGUGCUAGGUUGUAAAUAUGAAUAAAUGACUUGUUUUGUAAACUUUUGUAAAGAAUAUUUUGGUAGAAAUACUUAAAACAUAUUCUUUGGGUUAUAUUUAUACAUAUGUGAAAUAAAUAUACUAUCAAAAGGUUAUAUUUUAUACAAAAAGUAAAUUGUUACCUUUUGUAUGCUAAUAUACAAAGUUUUGUAUAAUAUGAUGGUUUAUUUUUAGCUCUACACUUAAACCGUAAGAGGUCAAGUGGGAACUUUUGAAAACUAUCAAGAGGCUUGUUAGAAAAAUUUAUAUUCUGAAACCUCAAGAAGAAAGCAUUCCGGGUUUCAAUUUUUUCUUUUUUUUCCCCCGCUCCCAAAUUAUUUUUUAAACCCAUAGUUCUUUUGUCUUAUUUGAUCCUACUGCUGUGCACAUUGUAUUGGUUCUUGUUGCAUGUGGUCUACUGUGUGUUUUCCCAUUUUUUAAAACAGUGUUCCUCCAUGCAAAAAAGGAAAAAAAAUGUACAUAUAAACACUUUUAUUUUAUGACUCCUCCAUGUUACUGUAUAUAUCUGCCAGUACUUCCCAGUUACACUCCUGUGAUUCAGCUUAUUUUUACCCUAACAUAAAUAGUAUGUUUUGUAGUAGCUAUCAAAUUUAAGAGAUAAAGCAAUCAGAAUGUUUGGAUUUUCUUCUAUCUUAAUGUGAAUUUCAUAAUUAAUGUCUAUUUAUUCAGCUAUUCAUUAAAAUACAGGAUUCUUUGGAAAAACAUGGUGUAGUCUAUAGUUUCUGUUUGUUUGGCAGCCUAUGACCAAAGAUGACGUAAUUUUCCUGAAAGCUGAGAUGAUGACAAUUUGACAGACAGAAUGGAGCCAAAACUUGAAGAUUUACAAUGUAAAAGCUGUUGGAAUCCAAUCUCCCAUUUAUAGAGAUACCGGACUACUUAAUUGUUGGCGUUGUUUAUCAUUCUGACUUUAUACAGGAGGUAGAACUCAUUUUUCUUUUCUUUUUUUUUAUUCAAAGACUAGAAAGCAGUUUAGGCAAAUAAUUCAUUCUUGGCUUUGUGUUAAGCCCAAUGAAGGGAAAUAACCCUGCUCUAAGUGAAUGCACUAAUAUUACUUGCAUUACUGUAACUAUACCCAUAACUGUAAAGAUCUCAACUUGUAAAACAA